AUGCCACUUGUUCUCGAACCGGCCGUUGAGGCAGACGCCCCUCGCAUCGUCGAAGUGGAACGUCUCGCAUAUGCCACAAAUCCUUUAAGCCCCAUUUUAUUUCCUGGGCCGUUUCCACCAGAUGCCUUGGAGAAGCGUGCAGAAGGUAUGGUGACUCAGCUCAAGGAAGACCCGACAACCCGUUGGAUGAAGGUGGUCGAUCCCGAAACCUCUGAAAUGGUGGCAUUUGCAAAAUGGAACAUCAUGACAAGCCCCACAACACCCAAAGCAACCAGAACAUUUGGUCCGGGCUGCAAUGUCGGAGCCUGUGAAGAAUAUUUUGGUGGCAUCCACAAAAAGCGAAAUGAGUUGAUGGGAGGCAAAGCCUACUGCUUACUUGAUCUACUUCAAACAGACCCCAAGUACCAAGGCCGUGGUGCAGGAGGAAUGCUGAUCAAUUGGGGUCUCGAUGUCGCAGAUGAGCUUCAUCUGCCUGCUUACCUGGAAUCUUCACCCGUGGCCCAUAGGUUGUACCAAAAGUUUGGGUUUCAGGAUAUUGGCGAAUUGCAACUCGACCCAAAGUGGAAUUAUGGUAAAGCUAAUCCGAGUAUUUAUUUUAUGCUCAGGGAGGCAAAAUAG